CUGAGGGGGCGGGACUUCCGACAGCGCAGGUUCGGAGCACAAAGUGACUUCUCUCCGUCAAAUCUUCAACAAAAACGCCUCAAGUCCGCGUUUUCAAAUUUGUGAUGAGUAAAAGUGAUGGACGACAUAAACCUUCACUAUCGUUUUCUGAACUGGAGGCGACGAAUCCGGGAGAUCCGCGAAGUGAGAGCCGUGCGCUACAGAGAGAGACUCAAACGCAUGCGGAGGGACGGGGACAUCAUCAGGUAUCAAGGGAACGCAGAUGAAGUUGGCUGUUUCGUGGCUGCUAGACCUUUGUCGAAAAGGAAUCGCUAUUUUGAAGUGACGAUCGUGGACACAGGGGUGCGGGGGAUGAUCUCUGUGGGUCUGGUGCCUCAGGCUUAUAAACUGGACCAUCAGCCCGGCUGGCUCCCAAACUCUGUGGCCCUACACGCCGACGACGGCAAGCUGUACAAUGGGAGCACGGUGGGGCAGCAGUUUGGGUCUAAGUGUUGCCGUGGCGACCGGAUUGGCUGUGGUAUCGCUCCUGAGUCUGAAGAGGGCCAGAUCACCGUGUUUUUCACCAAAAAUGGGAAAGAGGUGGGCAGUGUGGACGUGCCCUCUCCUCCGGACCCCCUGUUCCCCGCUGUGGGGAUGCACUCUCUGGGGGAGGAAGUGCUGCUGGACCUGAACGCAGAGUGGGGUCCUGAGGAAGACGAGGGGCUCAUGAUCGUCGACAGUCAUGAGGAAGACUGGGCCCGGCUCCAUGAUGUCAAAGUGCUGGGAACGAUGCUGGAGUACGUGGGCAGAGGGAAAAGCAUCAUGGACGUGGGUCUGGCUCAGGCGCGGCGUCCUCUCAACACGCGGUUUCAUUAUUACGAGCUGGAGAUCACCGACCCCGGAGAGAAGUGCUACAUCGCUCUGGGACUCGCCCGCAAGGACUAUCCCAAAAACAGACAUCCAGGUUGGAGCAGGGGGUCUAUAGCGUAUCAUGCAGAUGAUGGAAAGCUGUUCAGUGGCAGUGGCGUGGGAGACGCGUUCGGCCCGCGCUGUUUUGAAGGAGAUAUUAUGGGCUGUGGUAUCAUGUUUCCACGAGACUUCACCUGCGACAGUGAAGAGGAUGAAGAUGAGUGGGACAUGGAGGUGUUUGCCAAACCCAGUGAAGUCCAGAAUGAACUUUACAUCCACAACGACGAAGAUGAGGAUGAAGGAGCGGACGAGCCACAGGAGGGCAGGAAGGUCAUGGUGUUCUUCACUCGUAACGGGAAGGUGGUGGGUCGUAAGGAGGCGGUGCUGCCCUCUGGUGGAUUCUACCCCACGAUCGGGAUGAUGAGCACGGGGGAGAGGGUCAGAGUGGACCUGCACCCACUCAGCGGAUAAAACUAUUAACACACACACACACAUACAAAGGAACAUACAGGCCAAAGUCUAUCAAAUAUGAACUGUACGGUCGCCACAAGAGGGCGCCACUUCUGAGGAAUAAGGCUUUAAAAUGCUGGUGUAAACUUGAAUCAAAAUGUGCUUUAAAUCCAAUCGUCUUAUAAAGAAAUCACUUAAGGGCUGCACAAUAUUAGAAAAUAAACAUAUAUGCAAUAACUGAUCGCAAUAAAGCUGCGUAAGAAAUGUGACGAGGUUUAUUCUGUUGCCAAAUGUAUCGAAAAUCAAAUACUAAUCGAUACUAAAACUUAUAUCGCAACUAGAAAUAAAAAAAAAACACAAAUACUAUAGUGUUCAGAAUUACAAUAUGGUCUAUAAAAGUCAUUCUUUUUAUAUAGACACUUUUUGUUUCAUUCUAAGCUUAAUACUGGGGUUGUAACAAUAACCAAAAUAUCGUGAUAUCAUAUCAUCAAAAGUCUCAAAAUAAUAUCGUCGGCUGUCAAAAUGUAUCGAAUUACAAGUUCCUUUGCUUAAAUGCGUGGGUUUUUAGUAGCAACAGCUUAGAAAUGUUGGAAACUACAUAUCCCAUGAUUCAUUUCAGUGCAGACAAUUCUUGAAUUCUUGACAUUAUGACAGAAAUAAUUCACACCAAAAUCUUAUCAUGGUAUUUUAAAAGCAAAAAAGUGUGUUCCAUCUACAAUUAUAUCAGCCUUUCCAAAAUAUCACAAUAAAUAUCGUACCGUGGGCUGCAUAUCGUGAUAAUAUCAUACCGUGACAUUUGGAUAUCGUUACAUCCCUAAUUAAUACACUGCAAAUUUCCAAGAUUUUAAAACUUAUAUCAGGUUAUUGAUCUUGUUUUCAGAUUUAUUAUUGACUUAAUAGACCAGAGGCUGCUUCAUUCUAGUCUAGACACAGUUUAUUUUAAGAGAACUUGUCAAGUAAAAUGAUCUUGCUGCAUGGAUAGAUAAUUUCACUACUUUAAAGUUAUUCUGGUAGAUUUAAGUGUUUAUAUCUUACAUUUUGGCCAAACAUUUUUGCAGUUACAUGUUUCAAGGAUAGCACGUCUGCCAAAACAUGUUAAGUAAAUAAGAUGUUUAGGUUUUUACAGUAAUUUAUUAGAACAAAAUGCAAACUUUCUAUUCUUUAGUAUUGAAAGCAGGUUUGAAAUUUGAGUAUUGUAACACUACCAUCAAGUCCUGUAGCUUCAGCAUUCAUAUUUUAUCUCGCCGAAUACAGACAGAGAUUCAGGACUGUGACACCUGUUUGGUUCUGUAAUCCAUUUUGCUCCUCAGUAUUCCCUCGUGCAUCAUCCACAUACUCUACAGCAGGGGUGUCAAACUCAUUUUGAUCCUGGUGUCGUAUCCAACCUACUUUGAUCCCAAAGGGGCCGGAUCAGAAAACUCAUGGCAUAUAAACCCCAAAAAUAACAAUAAGUUCAAAUAUUUGUGCAGAGAAACACAAAUCAAUUACAGAAAUCUUGUUUAAUUGAUGAACUCUUUCUUUUACAAAAUAUUAUAAUAUUAUGAACAACCUGAAACUUUAAGAAAAAUGCAAUUUAAACACAAUGUUUUAACUUGAACUUGUAUGUAAAUAGAAAUAAGUAAAUUUUUCUCAUUUUGGACAUUUUGCUGAUGAGGGUGUCACGGUCAACAGUCAAAACGAUCGUCCUUUAAAGGUUGUAUGGAGGAUUGUUUUUUUAGUUUCAAAUUGUCAAUGAAAGUUUAAAAUACCAUUACAGAGACGCAGCAGCCUUGUAAUUAUGAUGACCAAAAAAGAAAAAAAAAGAAUGAAAAUCUAUCAACUGUGGAUGUAGUGAGGCCAGAUAAACACCAGCCAAUAGAAAACGAGGCUCCCUCUUUAUCUAUUGGCUGUUAGGUUGUCAAUCAAACUCCCUACGUUUCUAGUGUAAUUCACUCAUCGGCGCGCAGGGAUUAUGUGAUUUAUGCAGCAGUUCUUAGAGGACUUUUUCAAAUUGUAGCUUCCUCACAAUUCGCACAAAGUUUGUUGCGAUGGCGGAUGAGAAUCGACGACCAGUUCGCUGCAAAAGAAAGUCCAUUUUUGAGGUCGCUGAAAGAAGAAGAGAAGGGGAAAAGGAGCGAAGACAAACUGACGUGAUUCUUGGAGAUUCCUUCCAGUGAUUGUGCGAAUGAAGCAGACGAAGGGUCUAAAAACUGACGAGUCGGUUGCUAAAUUACUUCUAGACAAGUCACUUCAACAGUAAUUCUGAACACGCACUCAGUGUAAACAAGCGUGAUUUCAGUGUCUUUUUUACGCCUGUGCACUUGAAUUGAAUUGUAAUGAAUAGAUAAAUCAAUAUCGUUUUAAUCAGUUAUUCCAAACUUACUGGAGUUUUCUAAUUUCUACAUAAAAAACAUUCACGUUCUAUUUCUUAGUUCACCUGACGUACCACCCUCAUAUCAUUUCUACAGGCUUGGAACUGACCAUAUUACAUAUAAAAAGAAUUACAUUACCGUAUUUUCUGCACCAUAGGACGCACUCUUAAGCCUCCAACCCCAUCAAAAAAUGACUGCGCGCCCCACAAUCCAGAGCGCCCUACACACGAAUCCACUCAGGUGUCCCAACACGACUUUAGUAAACUACAAAGCCGCAGCGACAAACACCCAAGGACGAGGAACGGAAACGUAGGAACGAACCGAAAAAGCGAGUGCAAUGUGCCACUUCUAGUAGGGAUGCGCAUUCGAUUAAAUUUUCUUAAUCGAUGGUCGGGAGAAUUAACGAUCGAUUAUCGAUUAAUCAUUAAUGUCAUUAUUAUUACUAUCUGCACUACUAAUCUGCAUAAAUAAAUUCAACUUUACAACAUAUAAACUGUAACCACUCUAGAGCCACAUCAGCCCAUUUAACAUUAUAAUGUGUUUAAUGCAGCUUUGCACAACUCUCACAGAAACAAAACUUAAAACCACAUGGCUCAUUUGCAUAAACUAAGCAAAUUUAAAAAAACAGCUCUUGUGCACUGAUGCUGUUCAACUUCUGUCGGACUAAAGGACUCGACUCAGUGGAAUACAGGUUAGUGUGACCAGAUUUGCGUUUGUCAAAACCAGGACACCGUACGGGGGGUGGGAGGUGGGGCCUCAUCAUCGACAUUGAGCUUCUCUCACCUGACAAAGCUUUUUCAUGUUUUCGGUGUCCUGGUGAGCUUUUUCGCACUGGACACCGAAAUAUAUGUGCUGCGACCGGAACGGAAAGCGUGGAAUUUCUUGUACAAGUCAUCGUUAAAUGCACAUUUGCGCUUCGGCACGUUGCAGACUGACCGACUGUUUGUGUCUCGCUCCUUCUGAGUGCAGAGAGCUACAUGUACGGACCCCUGUUUGUCCCCGGACAUGGAUGUUUGGUCACCCUACGCACAGCAACCUACAUUCAGAUUGUCGAUUAAAAUUAAUGUAAUCGAUGAAAUUGAUCAAUUAUCGAUUAAUCAACUAAUCUUGCCCAUCCCUAACUUCUAGAAUAACUGAACAACUCAGUCACUGCGAACACGCCAACAAUCCAGCGGUCCCAGACAGCACCCUCCCUACACGCCACAACUGAACAAAGCCCAGAGUCACAGUGAACGCGCCAAACAAAGUCCCACUGACCCAUCCAACUGUUGUGUUUCCUUUAAAGUCCAGUGCAGUUUAUUUGUGAAAAAAGUUCGCAAAUAGACCAUUUAAUGACAGUGCACCAUAUAAUCCAGAGUGCCUAAUAGUGCGGGAAAAUACGGUACAAGUAAAUAAAACUAAACAAUCAAAUAAAACGAGUUGUUGCAGUAAAUUUGUAAUGUAUUGUGCAGCCCAAUUUGAGUCCAAAGCUGAAUCUUGAUACAGGUGUGAAACUUUUACCAGAAUAAUGAUCUUAAAGUGAUAGUAUGUAACUUUGUGGAAGUGGAAAGUUAGCUGCGUGACUCCAUGGAAAUAGAAAAUUAAAAUAAAACUAUACAACGGAACAUUAUAGCCAAAGGAACAGCAUUUCCAUGGAAACAAGCAGGAUGGCAGAGAAAUAAGCUGUUUUUUGGUUUUUUUUUUUAAAUACAAGCCUUUUCACACUAA